CCGUACCUUACACCAUCGACCGACCCAGCUGGCUAGCUUGACGGAUGUAAAUUCGCGAAACAUACUAUACCCGCCUGGCCAAAACAUGAGAGCGGCCUCUCCCUCCUUUCGACGACCAGAAGAAGAACUUCGAGACACAUUUUACAGCAACUGCCAUCUACCAAGAUGAUGCGCCAGAGCGAGAAGAGACAGGGCCGUAUGCCGCCGUCGGAGGAGGAGGACGAUGACCACAGCUACUUCACAUACCGCCCCCUGUCCAACCUACCGACACCCCCGCCGAGCUCCCGCGAGUCUUCCUCUACCCUCGACUACGACGUGCACGAGGGCGAUCCCGAACUCUUCAAAUUCAGAGGCCCCGCCAUCCACCUCGUCAACCUCAUACCCUCAUCGGCCUCUCUCGCCGACGCCUCUGUCCCUUUGGUCCAGGCCCUUCUCGCCCGCUGCCAACUCCCGCUCGAGACCGUCGCCCUGGCCGUCUGCAUCCUCGACGCCCUCGACGCGCGCUUCGCCCGUCACUGGCGGGUCUCCUGCCCUCUCGCCACACCAAAGCAGAGCAAGCGCCACACCCUGCCGCCUAGCCCGCACACCGCGCAGCUUCUGCACAUUGACUCGGUCGCGCCCGAGGUCAUCAUUCUCUCGGCGCUGGUGGUGGCCGCCAAGUUCACCGAAGAUCCGCAGGAGAGCACGGGCUACUACGUCGACCGCUGGGGCCGCGGCCAGUGGACGGCAGCUCAGCUCAACGCGACGGAGCGCUGCAUCAUGGAGUCGCUCAACUACCGGAUCAUGCCGCUCACGGAGGACGCGUGCAUCGCCGACGCCAUGGUGGACAUGCAGCUCGCUGGCCGGCAGCGGAGCCAGGGCUGGGACCCGCGGCAGCUUACGCCGCCCGAGAGCUGCAGCGAGGACGAAGAAGAGGAGGACGUCGCUCCCGUGGCUGCCACCGUGUUUGUUCCCGCGCAUAGCCGGGCCAAGACGAUGGUGACGGUGGGCGUGACGGCCUUUGAUUUUGAUGCGUCCGACGUGACGACGCCGCUGGCUUGAUUCUUUUUCUCUCUCGGGUUUGGGCUUCUUUCAUCAUCUGGCAUGGCAGGCAUGGCGUUUGGUAGUGUUUAUGAUAUCCCUCGGUUAUUCAUAUAGUACAUCUUCCUUAGUCAGGAAGGGAAGCUGGCCGUAUAAUUUGGGUGCACAAUAUAAGGCGACCUUUAUUAAUACCUCAACUUUCAAUCAUUGAUAGCACAACAACGCCUCUUCGCAGUAUUGAAAG